GUGUUUCCGGCGCGGCCUGCGUGGGGAUGCGGGGCUCGGGGCGGCGUCCUUCCGAGGCAGAGCUGUUUUGCCCCGUGCAUGUCGCGGCAGCCGACGAAGGACGACCGGGUCCCUGCUUUUUUCCUCCCCUCCUUGGCACAUCUGCAAUAACCAGGAGAGACCCAGUUCUGCAGAAAACCUACUGAACAUAAGAUGUUGGAACAAAAUCUACCUCCUGUAUUUUUCACUUUUAUUCAUGAGCUGCCCAGUUGCAAUUUUGAGCAGGAUGUCUGGAGAAUCUGUUGAAAAACUGUAGCACAGGAUGACCUAGCAAAGACUGUAAGCCUGUAACAAGAUACUGGAAGUGGCCGUCCUGGUUCUGAAUGCUGCAGAUAACAGCAAGGGGCCUCCCUCCAUUAUUUCUGAAGUAUUCAUUUGACCUUCCAUCAAGACGGACUUUUAAAAUCUGUUCUGGGAGAUACUAAUGGAAUGCAGUCAUGUCCACUCAAGAGGAAAGGCAGAUCAAUACCGAAUACGCUGUGUCCUUGUUGGAGCAGUUGAAGCUGUUUUACGAACAGCAGUUGUUUACUGACAUAGUGCUAAUUGUUGAGGGCACUGAAUUCCCGUGUCAUAAGAUGGUUCUUGCAACAUGUAGCGCCUAUUUCAGGGCCAUGUUCAUGAGUGGACUAAGUGAAAGCAAGCAGACACAUGUACACCUGAGGAAUGUGGAUGCUGCUGCCUUGCAGAUGAUAAUAACUUAUGCAUACACAGGAAACUUGGCAGUAAACGACAGCACUGUAGAGCAACUCUAUGAAACAGCUUGCUUCCUACAGGUAGAAGAUGUGUUACAGCGUUGUCGAGAAUAUUUAAUUAAAAAAAUUAAUGCAGAGAACUGUGUGCGGUUGUUGAGUUUUGCUGACCUCUUCAGUUGUGAAGAAUUGAAGCAGAGUGCUAAGAGAAUGGUGGAGCACAAGUUCACUGCCGUGUACCACCAGGAAGCCUUCAUGCAGCUGUCCCAUGAUCUGCUCAUAGACAUCCUCAGUAGUGACAACCUAAACGUGGAGAAGGAAGAAACGGUUCGGGAAGCUGCCAUGCUGUGGCUGGAGUACAACACAGAGUCACGGUCCCAGUAUCUGUCUUCAGUUCUUAGCCAGAUCAGAAUUGAUGCACUUUCAGAAGUCACACAGAGAGCGUGGUUUCAAGGCCUCCCACCCAACGAUAAGUCCGUUGUGGUUCAAGGUCUUUAUAAGUCCAUGCCCAAGUUUUUCAAACCAAGACUUGGGAUGACUAAGGAGGAGAUGAUGAUUUUCAUUGAAGCAUCAUCAGAAAAUCCUUGUAGUCUUUACUCUUCUGUCUGUUAUAGCCCCCAGGCAGAAAAAGUUUACAAGUUAUGCAGCCCACCAGCUGACUUGCAUAAGGUUGGGACAGUUGUAACCCCUGAUAAUGAUAUUUACAUAGCAGGGGGCCAAGUGCCCCUGAAAAACACAAAAACAAAUCACAGUAAAACAAGUAAACUGCAGACUGCCUUCAGAACUGUGAAUUGCUUUUACUGGUUUGAUGCACAACAAAAUACCUGGUUUCCAAAGACAUCGAUGCUUUUUGUGCGUGUGAAGCCAUCUUUGGUUUGCUGUGAAGGCUAUAUCUAUGCAAUCGGAGGAGAUAGUGUCGGAGGAGAACUUAAUCGGAGGACUGUAGAGAGAUAUGACACUGAGAAGGAUGAGUGGACAAUGGUGAGCCCCUUGCCUUGUGCUUGGCAGUGGAGUGCAGCAGUUGUGGUUCAUGACUGCAUUUAUGUGAUGACAUUAAACCUCAUGUACUGUUACUUUCCAAGAUCUGACUCGUGGGUAGAAAUGGCCAUGAGGCAGACUAGCAGAUCUUUUGCUUCAGCUGCAGCUUUUGGUGAUAAAAUUUUCUAUAUCGGAGGGUUGCAUAUUGCUACCAAUUCUGGCAUAAGACUCCCCUCUGGCACUGUAGAUGGGUCUUCAGUAACUGUGGAAAUUUAUGAUGUGAAUAAAAAUGAAUGGAAGAUGGCAGCCAACAUCCCUGCUAAAAGGUACUCUGAUCCCUGUGUUAGAGCUGUUGUGAUCUCAAAUUCUCUUUGUGUGUUUAUGCGAGAAACCCAUUUAAAUGAACGAGCUAAAUACGUCACCUACCAGUAUGAUCUGGAACUUGACCGGUGGUCUCUGCGGCAGCACAUAUCUGAACGUGUACUGUGGGACCUAGGGAGAGAUUUUCGGUGCACUGUGGGCAAACUUUAUCCAUCUUGUCUUGAAGAAUCUCCAUGGAAACCACCAACUUACCUUUUUUCACCAGAUGGAACAGAGGAGUUUGAACUGGAUGGAGAAAUGGUUGCACUUCCCCCUGUAUAGGGGAGCUGAGAGAGUGGACACACC